UCUCUCUCUCUCUCUCUCUUUCUGUGAAUCGAUCUGUGUGCGCAGAAAGAAAGUUGGGAUGUUGAUCUUCAAGGGAGUUAUGAAGCCACUGAAGGCUCUCUUCCUUCAUUUCAUUGAGCCAGAUUUCCAUGAGGUUGUCUCCAGGAUGUCCCUCAUUGAUAAGCUUCUCUUCUUGAUGGUUCACUCCAUAGACAAGAUGGGACUGUGGCACCGGCUGCCGGUGAUAUUAGGGUUGUUCUACCUGGGGAUGCGUCGCCGUCUGCACCAGCAAUACAACCUUCUGAACGUGGGAGCCACCCCAGUCGGCGUGCGCUUCAACCCCGUCGACUACCCCUACCGGACGGCCGACGGCGAGUUCAACGACCCCUUCCAAAACGAAGCAGGCAGCGAAGGCCAGUUCUUCGGCAGAAACAUGCUCCCGCAGGACCAGAAGGACUCGCUGAUGAAGCCGGAUCCUGCGGUUGUGGCCACCAAAUUGCUUGCCAGGAAGAAGGUGAUCGACACGGGAAAGCAAUUCAACAUCAUUGCAGCGUCCUGGAUCCAGUUCAUGGUACACGACUGGAUCGACCAUCUUGAAGAAACCAACCAGAUGGAGCUGGGGGCGCCUGCGUCGGUGGCAAGCCAGUGCCCUCUCAAGUCCUUCAGGUUCUACAAGACAAAGGAGGUGCCAACAGGAUUUUAUGAUAUCAAAACUGGACACAUCAACAUACGCACGCCUUGGUGGGAUGGGAGUGCUGUAUAUGGGAGCACGGCGGCCAAGUUGGCGAAGGUGAGGACGUUUAAGGACGGGAAGCUGAAGGUUCAGGAGGAUGGGCUGCUGCUCCACGACGAGCAGGGGAUUGCCUUGUCCGGGGACGUGCGGAACAGCUGGGCAGGGGUGUCCGUUCUGCAGGCCCUCUUCAUCCUGGAGCACAAUGCCGUCUGCGAUGCCCUCAAGAAAGAAUAUCCCCAUCUCAACGACGAGGAACUGUAUCGACACGCCCGGCUGGUUACUUCAGCAGUGAUUGCUAAGGUUCAUACGAUCGACUGGACUGUGGAAUUGCUAAAGACCGACACUAUGUACGCUGCCAUGCGGACCAACUGGUAUGGUCUGCUGGGGAAGAAAUUCAAGGACACAUUUGGCCAUUUGGGCAACCCUGAGUUGAGUGGGUUCAUUGGCACGUACAAGGCGGAGAAUCAUGCGGUUCCUUACUCAUUGACAGAGGAAUUUACUGCGGUUUACAGGAUGCAUUCCCUUCUCCCUGAUUCUCUCCUUGUUAGGAGCAUCCACCUACCUGCAGGAAAAGACAAGUCACCUCCAGUACUUGAAGAGGUUCCAAUGGCCGAUCUAGUGGGACUGAAAGGAGAGAAGAAGCUCAGUGAGAUUGGGUUCACACCACAGUUAGUCUCAAUGGGCCACCAAGCCUGUGGUGCACUAGAGCUCUGGAACUACCCCUUGUUUUUAAGGGACCUUAUUGCUCAAAAUGUUGAUGGUUCUGAGAGACCGGAUCAUGUCGACAUGGCGGCACUAGAAGUCUAUCGGGAUAGGGAGAGAGGUGUGGCAAGAUACAACCAGUUCCGCAGAAACUUGCUAAUGGUUCCAAUUAAGAGAUGGGAAGACCUUACCGACGACAAGGAGGCCAUUAAAGUGCUCCGAGAGGUCUACGACGACGAUAUAGAGAAGAUGGAUAUCUUGGUUGGCCUCAUGGCAGAGAAGAAGAUCAAAGGCUUCGCUAUCAGCGAAACUGCUUUCUUCAUCUUCCUUUUGAUGGCAUCCAGGCGAUUGGAGGCUGACAGAUUCUUCACAAGCUACUUCAAUGAGGAAACAUACACGAAGAAGGGGCUUGAAUGGGUGAACACCACGGAGAGCCUCAAGGAUGUGAUAAAGAGGCAUUACCCGAAGAUUACAGAAACAUGGCUGAACGCCUCUAGUGCCUUCUCUGUAUGGGAUGCCCCUCCGAAUGCUGAGAACCCUGUUCCCCUCUAUCUUCGCGUGCCUCACUAGAAGGCUCUUUCUGCAUGCAUGUGUGUGUGUAUGAAAGGAGCACCUAUAAGUUUAUAGAGGAAUGAGUUACUCGUUCUGCAGUUCCAGCGUCAUUGUGUUAGGCUUGUGAAUUUGUACUUUUUCUGAAUGCUUGUAAUAAUAUGUACGUGUGCAAGGUGAGACUGAGGAUCUUUUACAUAAUGUCUUUUAGUUAGAGACGUGCUCAAAUACAUAUAGAUUUUCAGCAUGUAUGUCAUUCAUUAAAGGAUCUGUAAGUUUAAAUCCUGUUUCAUGUUAUUUCAAUAAAUUGCUCGUUUCACUUA